AUGUCCACUUUAUACGUCAACGCAAACACCGGUGCAGAUACUCCAUCUUCACAAGGUACACAAGAAGCACCAUACCAAUCUGCAGCAUACGCACUUUACGUUAAUGCAGAUGCCAAGCUCCAAGUUUAUAAGGAAGCCACCGAGGAAACACCAGCAGGUUAUUUUGAAAUUUCUGCGUCUGCCUUGAAAAAGGCGAAGAAAGGUGCCGAAGGUUUGAAGAAGAAGGACGAAAAGGCAAAGAAGGCAGCUGAGGAAAAGGCAGCUAAGGAAGCAGAAGAAUCUGCAAAAAUGCUUGAAGCAAUGAAAAUCACCAUCACUGAAGAUAAAUCAUUACCAAAGGCUGAAAAGAUCAAAAUUCUAAACGUUUCUAAACAUAUUGAUCAAAGAGUCAAGGUUCAAGGUUGGGUCCAUAGAUUGAGAGUUCAGAAGGGUCUUGCUUUUAUUGUUUUGAGAGACGGUUCUGGUUAUUUACAGUGUGUAUUAAGCGGCGAUUUAGCUAAUGCUUACCAAACACAGCAAUUAACAGUUGAAUCCACCCUUUCUAUAUAUGGUACUAUCAACAAAUUACCAGAGGGUAAGUCUGCACCAGGUGGUGUCGAAUUAGUUGCUGACUACUACGAGGUUGUUGGUUUAGCACCAAGUGGUAAAGAUUCCUUUACCAACCAGAUUGCGGAAGAUGCUGAUCCAUCGCUUUUACUUGAUAGAAGACAUUUAACUUUAAGAGGUGAAACUUUAUCGGCUGUGAUGAAAGUCCGUGCUUCCCUAUUAGCAUCCAUUAGAAGGGUUUACAAAGAAGAGAACUUGUGUGAAGUUACUCCACCUUGCAUGGUGCAAACUCAGGUUGAAGGUGGUUCUACUUUGUUUAAGAUGGACUAUUAUGGUGAGGAAGCUUUCUUGACUCAAUCCUCUCAAUUAUACUUGGAAACAUUAUUACCAGCAUUAGGUGAUGUCUACUGUAUUCAAGAGUCUUUCAGAGCUGAAAAAUCACAUACAAGAAGACACUUGUCCGAAUAUACACAUAUUGAAGCCGAAUUAGCUUUCUUAAGUUUUGAAGAUUUGUUAACUCAUAUUGAAACCGUUAUCACAAAAACUAUCCAAUAUGUCCUUGAAGAUCCAGUUGCCGGCCCAUUAGUUAAACAAUUAAACCCAGGUUUUGUUCCACCACAAAUGCCAUUCAAAAGGAUGCAAUAUAUUGAAGCCAUUGAAUGGUUAAACGAAAAUGGUAUUCCAAAUGAAGAAGGACAACCAUUCAAAUUCGGUGAUGACAUUGCUGAAGCUGCAGAGAGAAAGAUGACAGAUACCAUUGGUGUUCCAAUCUUACUUAACAGAUUCCCGGUAGAAAUUAAAUCCUUCUACAUGAAGAAAUGUGCAGAUGACCCAAGAGUUACUGAAUCUGUUGAUGUUUUAAUGCCUACUGUUGGUGAGAUUACCGGUGGUUCCAUGAGAAUCGACAACGUCGAUGAAUUGCUAGCAGGUUUCAAGAGAGAAGGCAUAGAUCCAGCCUCUUAUUACUGGUUUAUUGAUCAAAGGGUCUACGGUACUUGUCCACAUGGUGGUUAUGGUUUAGGUACUGAAAGAAUCCUCGCUUGGUUAUGUAAUAGGUUUACUGUUAGAGACUGUUCUCUUUACCCAAGAUUUUCUGGUAGAUGUAAGCCAUGA